UAAACAAAAAAUGUGACAUUCAACAUACUUUUCAGGAAAGAGCAACAAGGAAAAAGCAAUACAUAUUUCUCCGAAAAAAAAAAAUGUUCAAAUACUUGAGGGAUAAUUGAGCUUUUCAAUUUCAUUCAUAAUUUCAAACAUAUACUCUUUUAAAAUCUGGAAACAAAUACUAGUGUAAAUUUCAUAGUGUUUGUGAAAAGGAGCUUAAAUUUGCUCAAUAAGACGGACGUAAACAAUAAUGUCCUUGAGAUUUUAAAUGCAUGUUUUAUCAAUACAUUGUGUAUAUACACUUAGAUCCAAAUGAGACUGGCUGAUUAUGGUGGACAAUAAAAAAAAAUUAUUAUAAAUGAUAUCGUGCUAACUUAUAAUAAGGUAACAAGAACUCUGUUCUAUUUUGUUCAAAGAAGGCGGGAAAGCUUCUGUGUGUAUGUGAAUGCUUCCAGGUAAGCAUAUAAUUUCCUUUUUAAAAAAAUGAUGUAAAAUUCAAUCUUAUGAAAAAGUGUGUGAAACAUUGGAUUAAAGAAUUCAUCAACGUUAAUGAAACUGAAUGUUUUUUUGUUUUUAAAAUUAAUUCUUUAUCGAAAAAAGUUUGCUCAAAUCAAUUUAAACGUCAAAUGGAAUAAGAUCGAAAGAAAUUAAAGAAUUAGCGAUGUCGCUUAAACGCCAUCAACAACGUGAACGUUCAAAAUGCUUAAGCAACGGUGCAUGUAUAACAGACAGAUCAUCCAUUAUAGAAGCGUUUGAGCAGCAUGAAACUAACGAAGUUCAAGAAACUUAUGAUUAUGUUGGUAAUUUCCUAGGACCUUUUGGAAGAUGGCAAUUGAGAACAAUUUUGCUUAUUUAUUUAUGUAAAAUUCCGAGUUCGUGGUUCAUGUCAUGUGUAAUUUUUACUGCACCAACACCGGAGCACAGCGAAGUAUUUUGCAAGCCAGUUGAUCCUUCAAAAAAAUGGAUAAAAAUUGCAUACACUUCAAAAAGAGAUGAAUUGGAUCAAGAAGUAACAAUUGACUUCUGCAAUAUUUAUGAAGAUGCAAAAGAACAUGUUGUGCGCUUUCUUAAUGAUUCACAAAGUACCAACAAAUUCGACGAUAUUGAUCUUUUUGAGACUCCCGAAAAAAAUUCGAUAUUGGUUCCAUGUAAAACGUUUGAACAUAAAAAAAUUUACCAUUCGAUCAUUACUCAGUAUGAUCUUUAUUGUUCGAGAGAUAUACUCGUAGCAGUAACACAAUUUUUCCAUCUCUUUGGUGUCCUUUGUGGAGGAAUAAUUGCAACAAACAUGCUGAAAUUUAUUGAACCACGACGUGUCAUGCUUAUUGGAAUGAUCACACAAAUUGUUUGUGGUAAUAUGACUGGACACGCUCAUACGUUCGAAUUACACAUGAUAUUUAGAUGCCUUUCCGCAAUCUGUUGUGGCUUAAUGUAUACAGCUGGUGGAUUAAUAUUUUCGGAUAUAACAAGUGGAAAACAACGGAUAGUUACAACAUGUUUGUUUGAACAAUUCUGGUCAAUUGGAAUAAUGUUACUUCCUGCAGUGGCAAGUUAUUGGUCAAGCUGGAGUUAUCUAUACAUGGCAAUAUCUUUUCCUACAAUUAUUCUAAUUUGUCUAUAUCCUUGGAUCCCAAAUUCACCAAGAUGGCUACUUCAAAAAGGAAGAGUUUUAGAUGCUAAAAAUGUCCUGUUAGAAGCUGCGAGGGUUAAUGGAAAAAAUGACUUUUCUCCAAACAACUUAGAAAAACAGCUUCAAAUACAAGCAAUGGCAUUAAGGCAUGCUCCCAAAGAUCCAUCUUACUUCGAAAUGUGGAGAGGACAGUACAAAAAUUUGACAGCUGUGCAUCUUUCAUGGUCAGUGUAUAUAGUAAUUUAUUAUGGAUUUCUAUUAAAUAUACGGAAUUUUGGACGACAAUAUUUAGAAGAAAAUACUAUCGUCGCAGGUAUUUGUGAAAUCAUCGGUACAUUUAUAGGCUUAUGGUUCAUAUUGAAUACUGAGCAAAAGUGGCUUUACACAAGCAUUUUUAACAUUAUUGCCUCAUUUAUAUCAUUAUCUGCACAUCUUAUUCCACCUGAUGUUACUGGCUUACAUAGAGUAAUUUUAUUAAUGGUCACAUCAAUGGUUUCUAAAAUUGCAAUCAGUUCAACAUUGUCAAUUCUAAUAAGUUGUACAACAGAGAUUGUGUCUCCUGAGAAACGUCGUAUAUGUGGAUAUACUUCUACAAUAUGGGCACGAAUUUGGUUAUUAACCAGCCCAUUUGUUGGUGCUACAGCUAUAUUUGGAAAAUUGGUGCCUCAAACAUUCUUGUCCUUUUUAAAUAUUCUUGGAGCCUCAGUAACCGCAUUAAUUGAUACUCCACGUUCUGUGGAAAAAAAGCAUAAACAAGAUCAAUAUUUGGAAAAGGUUCCAUAUCCAGAGUUAUGGUUAGCAAUUCAUAAGCAAUAAGUAUGAUGGACAAAAUUUGGGUUAGAUUUAGCAUUAGUCGGAAAAUGUAAUGAAAAUAAUGCAAAUUAACAAAAUUUCUUUAUCUCAAUAAUUAUAAAGCUGAUUGACUUUAAUUAAAAACAGAAGAAAUAUUGCUCAAGUGUGAGUUCUACAGUUAAAAAUGUGAUAAUUUUAAUUUGGUUUAAUUACAAUUUUACGAA